AUGGCACACCAGACUCGAAGCAGUCACACCAGCACUUCCACUGCCGUUUUGAUUAACCUAUUUUUCUCUCUCGUCUCCCUCCACGACUCGCACGGUUCAAUCUGUUGUAUCCCGUGGUGGUUGAACCGAACCAAUACAGACGCCAACCUGGACGGGCAGCCAAAGGAGCACCAGCAUCAGCAGGCGGCCGGCAGUAAGCAGCAGCACUCGCCACAGGACGCCACACUAGUGCCGCUCGGCAGCGCCCACACCAACACCGCCAACUCCACCGACAGUCUGCUCGGGGACAGCCGCUCGGUGGCGCCCCCGAACGGGCAGAAUGUCGUGUCACCGUCGGUGAUGGCGCGGUUCCUGGAGGACGAGCUCAAGUCGAGUGACGCCCUGCUGCUCGGCACCCCGAUCAAACACUGUGAUACGUGCGUCUGCACGCGCAACGUGCCCGGCGGGGGAGACGGCGGGGCCGGCAGCAACGAGGGAUCGCUCCUGCUGGCCGAUCUGCUCGGCAGCGAGCAGAAGUACUACAGCGUCGCGACGCAGACGCUCAUCAAGGGCGAGACGAACAACUCGCUCUGCCUGCGCUGCAACAGCAACCUCAACUCGCCGUCCCACAACAACAGUCCGUACAUCAUGAAGCUGAUCAAAUCGAGUGACAGCGUCAUCUCGGAGACGAAGAGCAGUGUAUCUGACUAUCUCACCACGCCGGACAAGGUGUCCCCCACGGGCGGAGGCAACGCAUCCGGGGGCAACGCCACGUCCAACGGGGAAACAAACAGUCUAGCCGAAACGGGUACCGAUCCACUCGCUACGAUGCUACUUCCGCCGACGAAAAAGGACGACCUGAUGGUAAAUCCCAUCCUGGGGCACCAUCGGCUUGCGACGCACGACCGCUCCAGCGCCAACGGUCCAUCACCGGGUGAUCAUCCUCACGCGCCGCUGCUUCUCGGCAAGCCUACCAAUCCGGCCACUCCGUACGCUUCCGCGAAGCUUCCAUCGCACGUUGGUGUCAAAAAGCCAACGCCUCCGCCUCCACCAACGCCUCAAUCGACCACCAAAACUAUCCCAGGCUGCGGUUUAACGCAGUCACCGCCGGAGCGGGGUGGACCACCGCCUGCACCGCCUCAAACAGCGGCGACCCGCAACGAGUCUAAGUUUUCGCACGACUCACCCUCGUACAUCAUCAAGGACACGGACCAGAUGAGCGGAAGCCACACGACGCCGAAGUCGACGUACGCGGGCCAAGGAACGAUCAACCAGGUGGGCGCCAAGUACGGCACGGCGUCGGCAAGCGGAAGUGUCGGCAGUGGCCUUUACCACACCGUCGGCAGUACCAACAGCCUGUGGAGUCGCACGAGCAGCAAAGAUCCGGAGAAGGACGGUGCGAAGAUGUUCGAGAUCUUCAACCGGAACCUCAUCAAAACGAUCAAGGCGGAAAACCCGAAGAUGUCCGGACCGCGAAUUUGCGCCCUUCGGAUACAGAACGGUUCGAGCAACAUCCUGCUGGACAAUCUCAUCGACGAUGCGCUUGAGGGAGUGGACUCGAAGCCACCGACGCCGGUGAUGUACACGCGCCGAGCCAAGUUCCUCGACGAGGAGUUGCUGCUGGACGACGAUCCAUCGAUCGGACUGAACGGUGCUAUCAAAACUACUAACCUGCCGACGGCGGCCUCUUCUAGUGGCGAAUCGGGUGUGCUGGGAAAGCUGGUGGAGACGCCCUCCAAGCAGGGUGGAGUGGGUGAUGUGACAGCAGCGACCGUAGGAGGUUCUGGAACUGGAGUUGGCGAUACUGCGGAAGGUCAUGGGCACCUGAUCGACGGCAGUAAGGCUGGUCGUGUGGACGAUGCCGCUGGCGGCGAUGGUGGCGCUGGGAAGCAGGUGUGCAAUAUGAGUACCACCACGAGCCCACACUCGUCCGAUCGGUUGUGUACGAUCGGGGAGGAGGUGAGCAAUCUGCUGAUCAACACCAAGCUGGGCCCAACGCGGCUCGACCCCAAGCCGCCAAGGCUCGACAUAAGCGUGAAUAAACUGGAUGGGCUGGACGUCACGUCGAAGAAGUCCUGCACCCAAUCGAGCUCCAUCUCGAGCGAGAUCGACAUUCAGGAGAGUGCGAUCCUGCGUCGCCAACAGUUGUCCCGCGUGGCCGAGUGGGUGCAGAACAACUCCAAGCUAGGCAACUCGGAGAACCUUAGCCACACGGAGUCGGACCACGAACCGGCAGCUAGUCGAGCGGCGUUGCUUACCGACACGUUGAACAACAAUCCCCCGGCGACCGUGAAGACUUCCUCCGCCCGUACAUCCGUCCUUGCGCACGCGGACCAGAGCAAACCUCUUCCAACGGCGAUGGCUGGCGAUAUCCGGAUGGGUCGGAUCAACUCCACGCAGCCGCUUGGAUCGUACAUUGGAGGGGAAACAUUCGCCCGAUGCAACAUUCAGACUGGUCCACACAAUAAUAACAACAACAACAACAAUAAUAAUAAUAGUCCACACCAUAACCCUCCCAAUUCGACGUUUGCUCAACUGAAUGGCGCUGUGAAGGUCGGAGGCGCCAAGCAUGGAUAUAAUAACGCCCUGCAUAGCAGCAUGUCUAGCGGUGGGUUCCAGCAUCGCAGUGCCACCGCCGGUCUGAUGCUGGACUAUAAUAGCAACGCCACCGGCACAACGACGGCAGGUACCGCCUCCAGCAGUACGGGCGUUCCCUUCCAGUGUCCACCGGCUUCCAGUGCGUCCGGGGCGAUCCGGAAGGGUAGCUACAGCACAUCGGGCCCGCAGCUCCGGGACGGUGCGCACACCGAGUGCCUCGUGGAGUCGGUUGGCGGUCCUCAGCCACCUCCACCAUCUGCCGGGGACGCCGCCAACGCCGCUGAUGACGACGACGACGACAGCAACAGCAUCGAUCUGGCCCAGAUGGAGUACAACGUGAAGCAGUUCCUGCUGAAGCAGAACGAAUGGUCCACGGUGCACACGCGGCGACCGUCGCUCAUUUCUUCGUCCGCUUCCAGUGUCAAGGGUCGCGACGAACCGCUGAGGCCGGCCCCAUCGACGAAGGGCCUAUUUCCGGGCACUGCCGUCGCUCAGACACCCCACGGCACCUAUCCCAGUAUGACGCCGACGGGCGGGGGGCUGGGGACCGUCGGUGGUGGCAACUACCACACCCGAACCGGUAGCAACAAGUACCCCAUCAAUCCCCAUCGGACGGAGACGAACCUGUAA